GGGCCGGAGCCGCCGGGCAGUGACACGGUCCAGAAUAGUAAACUGAAUCCACUUUAAACCCUAAAUCGGCGCCCGGCCACCCGACAACCACCGUCUCCGACACCAUGGUGGGCCUCAAACUGGCGGUCUCUCCCUACAAAUUGCUGCGCUCCUUUACCACCACCACCGCCACAACCACCACAAAACGUAAACACAACGUAAACAACUUUAAUGGUAAGGUAGGAGAGAGAAUAUCGCUUAUUUAUAGAGAGAGGCGGAGGAUAACACGUUACGCACAACUUCCUUAUAAAAGCAGUAAAGCGAAUCUAGGGCUUGCGUUUCGCACCACCCAUAAUUCUCUGUCUCGAAAUUCUUGCUUCUCCACAGACAGAGACUCCGGGUCCCAUUCGUCUGGGUUGGGGUCAGGUAUGGGAUCGGAGAGCAAGCCCGGCAUUGUCGACGAUUGUUGUUAUUCGUAUAACAACAACGACCAGAAGAACAAACUCGACCGCCGAAAUCAGCAGCAGCCCUUGCCGUCGCCUUCGAUGCAAAAUCAGAAUAAUCAGUCUUCGAAGUUGCUCACUUUGCCCACGAUCUUAACCCUUUGUCGCGUCGCUGCUGUGCCUCUUCUUGUUUGCACAUUUUAUGUGGAUAGUUGGUGGGGAAGGACUGCCACAACAAGUAUAUUCAUAGCUGCGGCAAUUACAGAUUGGCUUGAUGGGUACAUCGCUAGGAAGAUGAUGUUAGGGUCUUCUUUUGGUGCUUUUUUGGAUCCAGUGGCUGACAAGCUUAUGGUUGCUGCGACGUUGGUCUUGUUGUGUAGCAAACCUUUUGAAAGUGCUAUAUUUGGACAAGUUCAUUGGCUUCUAACUGUACCUGCUAUUGCCAUUAUUGGUAGGGAGAUAACAAUGUCGGCAGUGAGAGAAUGGGCUGCUUCUCAGAAUAGUAAGCUUUUGGAGGCUGUUGCUGUAAAUAACUUGGGGAAGUGGAAAACUGCGAUCCAAAUGAUUGCUCUAACCAUCCUCCUGGCUACCCGGGAUAGCAGUCUCAGCGAGCCUGGACUUGUAGCCUCUGGUGUUAUUCUGCUUUAUAUCUCAGCAGGGCUUUCAGUGUGGUCGUUAUUUGUGUAUAUGAGGAAGAUAUGGAAAGUAUUGCUGAAGUAGCUUGCUAGGCCAUCUGAUUUGCAUAUAUCGGCGCACACUUCUCACGGAAGGAUUGUGUAACCUCUGGUAAUGGCACCCCUUACAGGGCCUUUCAAAUGGUUCUGUUCAUGCUUGAAAGCAGGAUUCUCCAGAUAAACUUAUCAAGAAGGGAAGCUAUUCUAAGGUCCGGCAUCAUUUGUUUACUAUCAGCUGAGUUGUUCUCAGGUAGAAUUGAUUUACUGAAAAUUUUAGGAUAAAGACAUUGAAGCAGACCAUUCAUCCCUGUUUCAGUGCUUAAUUUGCUCAAACCCUGUGGUUGUUUUAGCAACAGGUUUUGAGCAUACCGAUCAUUGAAGCCAAUGACUUUGAGAUGUACUCUUCCCAUAUAAUAAUUUUAAAGGAUGUUUUCUUCA